CGUGAUAACAGUUACAUUCGUUCAGGGUUUAAUUAUUAGGAUUCAAAUGCUUUCCUUUCCAAACCCACGUCACCAACUUAUGUGUGCCUAGUGAGUAACGUCACUCCAGCGCGCCACAGGAAGAAAAGAAACUGCGAUCUGGAAGCAGUCAGUGAUCAAUAACUGAUCAAUAACCGUUAUUAGCAGCCAAUAAGGUGACCGGAUGUGUUCUGGGACGGAACACAGUUUCUAACGGACCAGACUCUGAAGUUCUCCCGGUGAGUGGAUCCGGAUCUCUGGGAGAGGAGCUCCCCGGUCCCGGUGUUUCAGGGACUGCUGACCUCUGACCUCCACCAUGAGCUCCCGGGUGUGCAGAACCUGCGGGGGGUCUGACAUUGACGUGGACCAGGCUCGUGGCAGCGCCGUGUGCACCAGCUGCGGUUCAGUUCUGGAGGACAACAUCAUCGUGUCCGAGGUCCAGUUUGUGGAGGGAAGCGGAGGCGUGUCGUCCGCCGUGGGACAGUUUGUGUCUGCUGAUGGUCCCAUUAAAGCACCACUCCUUGGUUCUGGUUUCCACACCAGCGUCGGUAAAGAGUCGCGAGCCCAGACACUUCAGAACGGUAAGCGUCAGAUCCAGCAGCUGGGCAGUCAGCUGCAGCUCAACCAACACUGCCUCGACACCGCCUUCAACUUCUUCAAGCUGGUCGUCAGCAAACACCUGACCCGGGGCCGCAAGACAGAGCACGUCAUCGCUGCCUGCCUCUACCUUGUGUGCCGCACUGAGGGCACGCCACACAUGCUGCUGGACCUCAGCGAUCUGCUGCAGGUGAAUGUCUACAUCUUGGGAAAGACCUUCCUGCUGCUGGCUCGUGAGCUCUGCAUCAAUGCUCCCGCCAUUGACCCCUGCCUGUACAUUCCUCGCUUUGCACACAUGUUGGAGUUCGGGGCGAAGACUCAUGAGGUUUCCAUGACGGCUCUUCGUCUUGUACAGAGGAUGAAGAGGGACUGGAUGCACACAGGACGCCGACCCUCUGGACUCUGUGGAGCAGCACUCCUGGUAGCAGCUCGGAUGCACAAGUUUCGGCGUUCAGUGAAGGACGUGAUUGGCGUGGUGAAGGUCUGCCAGACCACGCUGAGGAAGAGGUUAACGGAGUUUGAGGACACGCCCACCAGCCAGCUGACCAUCGAUGAGUUCAUGAGAGUAGAUCUGGAGCAAGAGUGCGACCCCCCCUCCUUCACUGCUGCACAGCACAAAGCCAAAAUGCAGCAGUUAGAGCAGGAGCUGGCUAAGAAACUGGAUGAGGUCGAAGGAGAGAUCAGCUGCUACAAAGACGAGAUCGAAAACGAGCUGGAGAAGAGUCGGCCCAAACUCAGAGGAAUCUACGCCGCUUACACCAAAGAAGUUGACCCCGAGGACAACGGCGAGGUUUUGUCAAUGCCAUCCGAGCCUGAGGAGGUCGAAAGUGAAGACGUGGAAUUACAAGCGGCCACCCAUCACCUGACCGAGGACUUCCUGUGUCAGGUGAUCCAGGAGGAAGAGGGACGUGGCAUGAAGGGAGAUCGGAAGGCAGAGCCAGAGAAGGAGUCGAUGGGACCACACCGUCAGGCUGCCUCUCUGAGCUCCAUUCUGGGAAAACUGCCGAGCGCUGCCAGCCUGAGCCUCCAGCAGACUUUCCAGACCUCGGACACAUCAGAGAGUGGCGAGAAAGAUCUCGGUGACCACCCGCAGAGCGAGGAGCUGGACCUGGAAGGUAUUGAUGAUCAAGAGAUCGAUAAGUACAUCCUAAAUGAGAAAGAGGUUCAGGUGAAGACGGAGCUGUGGAUGAAGCAGAACGCCGAAUACCUGAAGGAGCAAAAAGAGAAACAGGAGCGGAUAAACAAAGAGAAGGAGGAGGGCACCUACAAGGAGAAGAAGAAGAAGUCUAAGAAGCGGGACCAGAUCGAGGCAUUGACAGCGGGCGAGGCGAUUGAGAGAAUGUUAGAGAAGAAGAAGAUCUCCAGUAAGAUCAAUUACGAUGUCCUUAGAGACCUUAACCGAGGAACAGGAAGUCCGACCAGGUCCCCUGACCACACCCCCGAUACCACCGCAGCACGAAAACGACUCAACCGCCGCCGGCGCAGGAAGACCAGUGACAGUAACCAAGACCUUGCAGCCAACACCAGCAUCAUGGGCAAGAGGUUCCGCCACCUCAUUUCCUCCACACCAAAGAAGAAGAAAACAGCUCAUCAGGUAGAGAGUACAGUCUCAGUGGUUACAGAAACAGAAACACCAGCAGAGACUGAGUCCAACCCACCCCCUGACUCCACAGCAGAAACAAGCCCCACCCUCCUAACUGCUCCAUCCCCCAUGGAGGAAGAAGAGGAAGAGGAGGAGGAGGCAGAGGAGGAGUGUGUUAGCGCUCUGCAGCUGGUGGGAGAUUACGGUUGUGAUGCAGAUGAGGAGGAGAUCUUUUAACUCCUCCUGCUGACCUUUGACCCCACUGAAGAAACUCCAUCCAGGCUCCAGAGCCAAGGCAGCUGAUCCAUAUCUCACAGAUCAAUAACCAGUAUCAAGGGAAUGAGUUACUGAUCUGUUUUUAUUUGUGCUUUGAGUGAUCCGUGAUCAUUUUUAUUGAUCCUCCUAAUGAGGUUUUUUGAGAUGCUUUUGUAUUGAUGUUAAAACCAGCUGCGUGUGUAUGUAAUUGUGUGUUUGUUGAUCCUGUAUUUCAAUACAAACAAACAAUAAGACAAACAUUCCUUCACAAUAAAGAAACUGACAGUGGAGACGAGUUUUUCUGGUCUCAGAACCAGACGAUCUUGGUUCUGACUGUCCAGUUUUGAUCAUCCA